CCCCUCGGUGGUCAUUAUCUUCUCUAGCUGGCAGACCCUAAGAGUACAGUCUGUAGAGUCAGUUGCGUGGUGGAUGCUUUAGAAGAGCUCUAUAUUGUGAAAACGAGUGUGGUGAUUUCUGUUGGUCGAUGUUUCUGAACUUCUAUUCGACAUUUCCUACGAGGCAGCGACACCAGAAAAACGACACAGCAAAGCGCUCCACAGAAUUUGACGUGACAAAUUUCGAGUGUUAGUUGGGGGCCCGCUACGUGCGUAGAUGAUUGAAGGCCAUCAAGACACACGACAACUUUCCCGUAUGAUUGGCAUCUUACAGCUUCGUAGUAAUACGGGAGCGCUCGUUCGACUCUACUCGGCCCCUGGCUACUCCAGACUGUUAAAAAAACAGACUGCUAAUUGGCGCUUGUCGAAUUGUGAUGCUUCUAGCAAUGAUAGUAAUUAAAUACUAGUUAAAUGUUCCAGAUUCAAACCAGCUAUUAGUGACAUACUUCUAACACUAGCACUUACGGCGACAUUAACAGCGUCUGAUUUUGGAGGCUAUCCGUGACGCUCUAGUCUGUAGCACGCGAUAUCAGCAAUUAUUUCUGAAGAAGCAUUCCAAGGCUUAUAUAAGAACGAAUUCGAUCAGAGUAGUGUACAAAGACCUGCAAGUCAUUCGUGAGCAGCAUGAAGGUAGUAGGUCAGAAGAGCGCAUCUGAAAGCCUGGAAGCCGGAAUAGGCUCCGAGAGAAGAUACCGGCUCCAUUCCGCGCGAGUGAUCCUUAUUAUCUGCGCAUCGCUUCUUAUGUUUGGUGCAACGUAUUCCCACUUGGUUUCUUUUUUUGGCGAAUAUAAUACUGAAAUGGGCAACUCCAAACUCGAGUACGGCAUCGUGCUCGCCACAUAUCCACUAACACAGAUCUUCACGGGUCCCCUGGCGACAAAGAUAUCUACGUGGAACAUCAUGAGCGAUAAGUCGUUACUAAUCGUCUCGUUGAUUGUCGAUGCGGCCUUCUGUACACUGCCGGCCUUCCUUAACACGCUAAAUUUGAAUCCGCGAGUAUUUUUGGUGUCGCUAAUAAUGGUCCGAGCUAUUCAGUCUGUGGGCGGGACUACAGGCUCGGUCCUCGUUUAUAUAAUCAACGGUGUCGAAAUUCCCCAUCUGACUUACGCGAUGAUUCCGAUUUUAGAAACUGUGUAUGGGGUAGCUGUGGUUGUAGGCCCAGCAGUCGGGGCCGUCAUGUGCGACUUUUUCAACUUUAACGCGCCUUUUCUUGCCCUCGGAGGUGCAGAAAUCGCUCUAGCCUUAGUCACUAUAGUUGUACUUCCGCCAUCAUCCGCCGCCACCGACGACCAUGGAUCCGCCAAAUUUCGUAAGGCUUUUAAGCCCAGUGUGGUGCUGAAUAUCCUCACGACGGUGAAUGCAUUUAUACUGAUCGCCUAUAAUGAAGCUACCCUCACUCUACAACUGGAACCAUUUGGUUUAUCGAAAUCGAUCAGGGGAUUAAUUUUCUUCUUUCCCGCUGGCGUUUACGCUAUGUCGAGCCUCUUCUUUGGAUUUCAGAUCAAACGCUUCUCAGAUCCCCGGAUUAUUAUUAUUGGUGGGUCAGUUUUAUCCAUUGCAUCAAUGAUCGGCCUGGGCCCUGUGAUGACUGUAUGGCCUAGUCUUCCGGUUCUUCUUCUUUGCCAAGCGGGCUUCGGACUGGGGCUUGGCCCAGCGUUCGUCUGUUCAUAUCUGCAUUCGGUACAUAUUAUCGACAAAGGACGAGAGUCAAAGGAGGCGCUGGCAAUUGUAACCGGUUUGAUGGAACCUUCUGUGGCUAUAGGAAAUCUUCUCGGGAGUAUCUUUGCUGGCUGGAUGCUGCAGGUUUUCAAUUAUACGAUUGGUGUAUCAAUCAACGUUGCUCAACUAGGCCUAAUCGUCGGAUUACAAGGUUCGCUUAUAACUAUAGAGAACUGUGCCCAAAAGUGUAGGGCUAAGCAAGAACAAACAACACUUAAUAAAGAUGCCUCAGAGAACGGUGAUGCUGCAAACGCAAAAAGCCAUUACGGUGCCUUACACUAGACUGUGUCAGUUGGUGGCUUCCAAAUCUGAAGCCGCUUAAAGCCUUAAUGAAAACAACAAAGAAAGUCUAAUAUGCCUAAACAAAAAACAAAACCCACAAUAAUCACACAUGUAACAAAUAUAAAAUUUAUUAUUACAAAUAUAUCAAUAACGGUUCACCACCAAUGCCGUUUCGACAGAUUUAGUUACAAAGUGCCUGUGAUCAGCACCGAGUUCAGUCAAUGAUCUUCUCCAUACCUAAGCUGUACGCACUUGAUUAAUACAUGCUCAUACUAUCUCACUUGUUGAUCUGUUCCCACUAUCUCUAAUAUUCAAGAAAGAAUAAAUUACUAGUAGCUUGACAGGCCUUGCCAAAUCAAGUGAGAAUAGUAUCCGAAACGCAGAUUUUCAUUACGUCUUAUAAAAUGGCGUUAAUUGAUUGACACUUUAGAGUUGACAAUACACAUUGCGGGUGUAUGAUAGUAUAUUGUGAAGUGGCUAUGAAUUAAUGGCUAUCGCGGCAAUACGACGUCGGCCAGUUUUACGUCACCCAGACGACGACAACGACGGCGACGGCGACGGCGGCGGCGACAGCGACGGCCAGGGCGACGUUAAACCUCGGUGCGAGAAAUUUUUCCACUAAACUUGAUUCUCCGUCUAGACAAACGCUGUAAUCCUCAACGUUUACUCAUCAAUCGGAAAUAGACGAGCCGCCGAAUCAAUUGCUAUUUCAUUAAAGUUAUAUGCAUCGACCGCUCUAUUGUAUACUUAA